AACAAGAAAGAGUACGAGGACGACUACUGGCUAGUACCUAAAUUGCGCGGGCGGCCGGCAGGGUUCGCAAGUACUUUGCGUGCAUCAGCAGGUUGCCUCCAGCGCCUCCCUCGCAUUGGUCAUCAGUGGCCGCGCAUCAUCUGGCCUGCCCGUUCUGUUCUCGUAAUUCCAUUCAAUCUCAAUCCAUCCAUUUCCCCAUCAUUCUCACCAAAUUCCUCCACGUCGGAUUGAUUGCGCUUCUUUUUUCUUUUUUCUUUUUCGUUUCGUUGACCCUCGUCGCCCUCACCCUUGUCCCGACUUUUAUCUCAUCUUCUCCUUUGUCUCCUCUCCUCUCCCCUUUGGGUCGCCGCUCUCCGAUUCGUGCUCCUUUUCCCACGGGCGCUCGUGACCGAUUACGACAUCACCAACUACCAUUUCCCCCAAACACCUCACAAUCCACGGCGCUGCGCGACUUUGACGGAACACUGCUGCAGCCAUGUCUGGGCGUUACGAGAGGGUAAAUGCCCACGAUGAAGACGAGGAGCACGAUGUUCCCCAGCGACGAGUCCAGAUCCCCAACUCGCCACCUCCAUCCUUUCAUUCCCGCGCCUCUUCGCCAAAUCGAAAUGGCCGGGUCAACAACGACCUCGCCGAUGCGUUUGACGACGACGACGCCAGCGACGACGAAGCCGACGACAGACAGAGAUUAGUCCGCCAGAACUCAACGCCGACCAUCCGAUCAACCAGCGACUCUUCGCGAUCCUCUGCGCCGGCGGCAUCGGCUUCCAUCCCAGCGACAGCGGAUACGACUUCGUCCAGCUCACGACCACGGGUGAUGGGUGGUGGAAAUGCCUCCGAUGGCGUGUUUGCCAACAUGUCCGCCCGACCAGAGCGGACAGAUGCCAAUGCAGAGAAGGAGGAGCAACCACCUACCUAUGAACAAGCUGCCGCAGAUGCCGCCCCUCCCUACUGGGAAACCACGAUUCUUGCGCCCGGCUACGGUGGUGCAGACGAAGUCUACGUCGACGGCAUGCCCGUCGGCUCGGUGUUUUCUUUUAUCUGGAACGGCAUGAUUUCGACUUCAUUCCAGCUCGUCGGCUUCCUGCUCACCUACCUCCUUCACUCCACUCAUGCCGCCAAAAACGGAUCCCGCGCUGGCCUUGGCAUUACCCUUAUUCAGUACGGCUUCUACAUGCGAGGGUCGCCUGAUGACCCGCCUAAGAUGACAGGCCCAGACGGAUAUGCCGCGCCCCAAGAUCCAAACUCCCAUGACUUUAAUGCCGACGACGUCCGUGAUGGUCCCAGCUCCGGUAUCUCAGGCAAUGACUGGAUGGCAUAUAUCUUGAUGGUUGUUGGCUGGUUCAUGCUUAUUAGGAGCGUAGCGGAGUUUAUGAAGGCCCGACGACACGAACAACUCGUCCUCCAGAGCCCUGACCGCGGACUUAACGUCCCGAUCAUCGCAGAAGGCGAGAGCUCGGAGCACGUGGUAUAGAGCUGUUGGUUAUGCAUUUCUAGAUCUGGACCCUUUUCGCUAUGACCCUCCCUCGAAUCGUUCUGCCCAAUUUAUACGGCAGACUGGGAGCGUGUGAGCAAUCAAUGCCACACUAGGAGGCACUUCUCUUUUCCUGUCCUUCUUCUUCUGUUUUCUUGUGUCUGUUUGUGGGAUGGAUAUCGGCGUUAUUGGACAGCUGCAUUAUUAGUUUCCCAGGCAUAACGCGUAGCACGCUUCUCUUAUGUACAAUGUAUAGGAUAAUGGGCCAUUUACCUAUAACUGAUUUCUGUUCACUGUUCACAUUGGUCUCUCGUUGAGGCAAUCUGGUAAUGUGUUUAUGCACGUAUUUAUAUAUCAGAUGGAUCGACCUGUUCGUGGCUUGCGUAGUUCUUACGGCCACUCCGUAUCCGGCCAGCUC